AUGAGCUUCACAGGAGUUCCACUGAACAGGACUGCUCUGCAUUAUGCCUGUGUCUAUGACCAGCCCAAAGUGGUGACACUCCUGAUAAAGAUGAAUUCUGAUGUCAACAUCUGUGACAAUGAUAAGAGCACAGCACUCAUUAAGGCUGUACAAUUCCAGGCAGAGGAGUGUGCCAUGAUUUUGCUGCAGUCUGAUGCAGAUCCAAAUGUGAUGGAUGCCAGUGGCAACACUGCCCUGCACUAUGCCGUCUACAGUAAGAACACGUGCACAGCAAAACCUGCAAACCUGCUUAGGCACAAGGCGAUGAUUGAAGCAAAAAACAAGGACAGCCUCACUCCACUAUUACUUGCACUGAAAGAAAACAAUCAGCAAAUGGCAGAAUUCCUAGUGGACAUGGGAGCGAGCAUCCACGCGACAGAUCAUCACGGAAGAACAUCACUGAUGCUCGCAGCAGGACACAAAAGCAAAGGAACAGUCAGGCUGCUUCUGCAAAAAGGAGUUGACGUGUGUUUGAAAGAUCGCUCUGGUAGGACCGCAUUGUCCUAUGCAGUCAAUUGCAGUGAUAACCUUAAAGAAAUAGCUGUUGCAUAUGAAGAAAAGCAACAUGAAAUGUUUCAAAAUAAAUACCCAGAAGUACUUGCAGGAAAGACAUCAGAGGAAGAACAGGCAAGACUUGAUGUGCGUGAAGUUAACGAACUAAAGGAUGAACAACACUGCAGGGGACCUGAAAUAGAGGAAAUCGAAACCCCAGCAAUGUGGGAAGGUGGUGGUGCUGCUUCUGCCUCUAGUCAUGACGAACUUCUAAAACCCAAUAAACAGCAGUUGGCUCUUGAGAAGGAACAUCACGAUCAGGCAAAAAUCGAUAUGGACAAUGAGAGGGACAUUGUCGAAGAGAUUCUGCGCAAUCAAAUUUUCUAUGAAAAGGAGUUGGAUGAUCUUAAUGAACAGCUGCAAUAUUCAUCUUCACAACAUGCAUAUCUAAAUAUGGAAAAUGAAUUCCUGAGGCAGGAGGCUCUGUCUCUGGAAGAAUUAAAAAUUACGUGUGGAAAACUGGAGGAGGAGAAGAAGGAAUUAGAAGAAAAACUAUUAACCCUUCAAUCAAGGGAAAAUGAUUCGGUGGAAAUUGAUCCAAGAGGACAGUAUGAAGCAGCAAGUGAAAAGACAGAGAGGGAGAAAACAUUGGAGGAAACGGUCUUUACAGGACGAAGGAAAGGCUAG